AUGAAUAAAGACGCUGCUGCUCAAACGCCCCCGGAUACUUCCGAUGACAUCUUCGCCGAAUUCGAGGACCUUAAAGCUAUGAGUAUCACAAUUUGUGAGACGGCAACCCGCAUUGCCAAAGAGGAGCUAGAAGAGUCAAAGCGAGCUCUAAAGCCAGCCACCAAGAGGCAAAGAGCUUCUAACCCUAAUGACGCAUCCUCCUCGGACGAGCAAAGCUCCACUUUUGGCGCGAAGUCGGCGCCUUUUGCAGCCCCUGCUACUCCGGCAGCAGCUCCAUCGUCAGCUUCGGGGAUAACUCUUGGAACAGCUUCUCCGGCAGCCCGUCCAAAGACUCCGGUCCAGCUACCCGCCGAGAAGCCUCCACUCUUGCAAGAGCUUCGGACUGCGUCCGAUGAUGACGUUGCUGCUUUCGCAGCAGAUGACGAAGAUGCUGCAGUGGAGCAGCAAGCUACCCUGUCAUCCCUAGAGGGGAGAGCUACAAGCCAAGGUGCGGGUGCUUGCGAGAGGCUCGAAGCUAAGCAGCAACCUAAUCGAAAGGCCGACCUCAACUACUGCGGCUCAACUCUUCAUCUGGACACCAAUCACCAACCCACACGCUACCGCGUCAUCUCAAUGUCUACCACCACCAACAAGGCCGAACAAGCCGUCUCUUACGCCGCCUUGAUUCUCGCCGACGAAGGCAUCGCCAUUACCCCCGAUAAGCUGCAAGCACUACUCAAAGCUGCGGGUAUCGAGGACGUCGAGCUUAUCUGGACCACGCUCUUCAGCAACGCUUUCAGGGACAAGAACGUCAAGGACCUUAUCCUCACUGCGACCACGGCCACACCAGCCGGUCGCGGUACCGCUUCCGAUACCAAGGACGACGAAAAGACAACUGGAGAGGAUGGAGAUGACGAGAAGGACGGAGAGGAGGGUAUGGAUAUCGACGCGGACUCGGAUGAUGGGUCUACAUUUGGGGAUCUGUUCGGCUGA